AUUUAUAAUUAGUAUAAAAAGCUUUUAUUUUGUAGCUGUACAUAUGCUUUUGUUUUGAAGCGUCGUGGAGGACUUUUAUUUUGAAGAGGUGUGAAGGGCAGGGCGCUGACUUCCGCCUGGCCGAAGACAGCAGCGGCAGCGGCGGCGGCGGAGCUGAGAUCAGGGCGGAUUCACCGAGUCUGUAGAAACAUGGACAGUCAAGGCAGAAAAGUGGUGGUGUGUGACAACGGGACCGGGUUUGUGAAGUGUGGAUAUGCCGGCUCUAAUUUCCCAGAGCACAUUUUUCCGGCUCUGGUGGGGAGACCGAUCAUCCGCUCCACAGCCAAAGUGGGAAACAUCGAGAUCAAGGAUCUAAUGGUGGGUGACGAGGCGAGCGAGCUGCGCUCCAUGCUGGAGGUGAACUACCCGAUGGAGAACGGGAUCGUGAGGAACUGGGACGAUAUGAAGCACCUGUGGGACUACACUUUCGGCCCCGAGAAGCUCAACAUCGACUCCCAGAACUGCAAGAUCCUGCUCACAGAGCCGCCCAUGAACCCCACCAAGAACCGAGAGAAGAUCAUCGAGGUGAUGUUUGAGACCUAUCAGUUCUCAGGCGUUUAUAUCGCCAUCCAGGCCGUGCUCACUCUGUACGCUCAAGCAUGUUUUUAUGUUCACGUACAUAUACACACUGACAUUUGUCUCUGUCUUUAUGUCAGGGCUGAGUUUUACAAACACAUCGUUUUGUCGGGCGGUUCUACGAUGUAUCCUGGUCUGCCGUCUCGUCUGGAGCGGGAGCUCAAGCAGCUCUACCUGGAGAGAGUCCUGAAGGGAGACGUCGACAAGCUCUCGAAGUUUAAGAUCCGCAUCGAGGAUCCUCCACGCCGUAAACACAUGGUGUUUUUGGGCGGAGCGGUGCUAGCCGACAUCAUGAAGGACAAAGACAACUUCUGGAUGACCAGAGAGGAGUACCAGGAGAAGGGCACACGCGUUCUGGAGAAGCUGGGGGUCACCGUUAGAUAAAUCAUACACACGCACACACACGCACACAACAUUGUGCACUCACACUCCCAGUCACAGGGUGGCAUUUUGGCAGCGUAAACACAGAGGUUUUCGGCAGAUUAUGAGGACGAGAACGACGAUAUUCAAAUACUUGAAAUUCCUUUGCAAUCCAAAAAAAAGUGCUCGAUGUUUGUACGGCAUUCCAAAUGUAAAGAAUGAGACAAAAAUUUAAUGAAAUCGAGUGAUUUGCUCACGAAACGACUCGUUUAUGCUGCCAAAAUGAAUCCUCAAGCGAUCCUUCAUGUAUCACCAUAUCAUGACCUGUUUUGAGUCCUGUCUGUCUCAUGAGUUCACAUUGACCCUAACAAAGAGAAAUAUUGCUCAAGAGAAAGUAAGAAACAAGAGGAUGUUUAAACAAUAAAAAAAUAUGUAUUUUUCAGGAAAAAAAAGGUUCUUUGGUAAUAAAAUUGUUUUUGUAGUAAGGAUAAAAAUCGCUGCAGCCAAUUUGCUAAUAAAAAAAUGAAGAAUAUAAUUGUGGCCAAUAGUAUCAAACACAUAGACGUACUUCUAAAGGCAGAUUGCUUUUGCUGAAACGUCUAUUUUCUUUCUUUAACUUCCUGUGAUGUCUUUUCCUGUCUGUAAUCUCAGCAUCUGUGCAUUAUUGGAUGCCCUGAAAAUAGAGAGAGAAAAAUGCAGUAGCAACCGGGACCGACUUCCCCAAAUAGCAUUUAACAGAACAUUUGAAGAGCGUGUUUUUGUCAAAUAAUGUCGCUGAGGAGGCUUUGAACGCACUCUUGAUGAGCAGAGUGUCAUUUUAGUCGUGAGAAUUGGCAUUUGGAAGUCUUUACAUGUAGACUCUCUGUGCAUGUCAUUCCGCCUGCAGUUCCAGGAUCAGUUUAAAGGACCUUCAUAAAUGAUAAUAUCAAUAUCAUACUGCAUUUAAAAGGGAAGUGAUAAUGUUUUGCGUACAGUUGUAUCUAGAACCUCAUUUCCGCAAAUAGCUGGGUGAAUCUCAUGAAACAUGUCUGAGUCACGUUUCAUUUCAAAAUCAAAAGAAAGAAAUAAGAAGUUAUAGUUUCCUUUCAUGACAUUCAGCACUAUUUUCCCCAAAUUCUCAUUACCAUAAUGCAGAAAAAUCCCUUGUUUUUAUUUCCAUAAUGCAAAAG